GUGGGCGGAGCCAAGAUGGCUGAGGAGAGCCUCCCUUCGGAGGAAUUGCUGGAUUGUAUGAGAACUCAGUUUCCUGCAUCUGCUGAAUCUCAAAAACCCCGGCUCAAAAAAGCUCCAGAGUUUCCUAUUUUGGAGAAGCAGAACUGGUUGAUACAUCUUCACUAUAUCCGGAAGGAUUAUGAAGCAUGCAAGGCAGUUAUCAAAGAACAGCUUCAGGAGACCCAGGGGCUAUGUGAAUAUGCUAUCUAUGUCCAAGCAUUGAUACUUCGCCUGGAAGGAAAUAUCCGAGAAUCCCUGGAACUCUUUCAGACGUGUGCUGUCCUCAGCCCGCAGAACGCUGAUAACCUCAAGCAGGUGGCCAGAUCUCUAUUUCUUCUGGGAAAACAUAAAGCUGCCACUGAAGUUUAUAAUGAAGCUGCUAAACUUAACCAGAAAGAUUGGGAGAUCUGUCAUAACCUAGGAGUUUGCUACAUUUAUCUGAAACAGUUCAACAAGGCACAGGAGCAGCUGCAGAGCGCACUGCACCUUAACAGGCACGACCUGACCUACGUGAUGCUGGGGAGGGUCCACCUGCUAGAGGGAGACGUGGACAAGGCCAUCGAGGUCUACAGGAAAGCAGUGGAGUUCUCACCAGAAAAUACAGAACUUCUUACAACCUUAGGAUUACUCUACUUACAGCUCGGCAUUUACCAGAAGGCAUUUGAACACCUUGGAAACGCACUGACUUAUGAUCCUACCAACUACCAGGCCCUCCUGGCAGCUGGCAGCAUGAUGCAGGCCCAUGGAGACUUCGACGUUGCCCUCACCAAGUACAGAGUUGUGGCUUGUGCCGUUCCAGAAAGCCCUCCACUCUGGAAUAACAUUGGAAUGUGUUUCUUUGGCAAGAAGAAAUACGUAGCAGCCAUCAGCUGCCUCAAACGAGCCAACUACCUGGCACCCUUCGAUUGGAAGAUUCUCUAUAAUUUGGGCCUUGUGCACUUGACCAUGCAGCAGUAUGCAUCAGCUUUCCAUUUUCUCAGUGCAGCCAUCAACUUCCGGCCAAAGAUGGGGGAGCUGUACAUGCUCUUGGCUGUGGCUCUGACCAACCUGGACGAUACAGAGAACGCCAAGAGAGCCUACGCAGAAGCAGCCCGCCUGGACCGGGGUAACCCGUUAAUCAACCUGAACUACGCAGUGCUGCUGUACAACCAGGGCGAGAAGAGGGGUGCCCUGGCCCAGUACCAGGAGGUGGAGAGGAAGGUCGGCCUGCUCAAAGACAGGAGCGCUCUGGAGUUUGACUCGGAGAUGGUGGAGACAGCUCAGAAGCUGGGAGCUGCUCUCCAGGUUGGGGAGGCACUGGUCUGGACUAAACCAGUGAAAGAUCCCACAUCAAAGCACCGGACCACUUCAAGCAGCAAAGCCGCCAGUUCUCAGCAGCCUCUGGGCUCUAAUCAAGCUCUAGGACAGGCAAUGUCUUCAGCAGCUGCAUGCAGGACGCUCCUGUCAGGUGUGGGAGGAACUUCCCAGCUCACAAAGCCACCAUCUUUCCCUCUGGAGCCAGAACCUACUGUGGAAGCAAGUCCAACGGAAGCCCCAGCACAAAUAAGAGAAAAAUAGUAGGAUGACCCCAGAGUAGGGGUUUCUUUGGCGAGCAUGUAGCAGAUUAGGACAGGUGACAUGACAGGCAGGGUGGAGGCCAGCAGGUUCCCUGGGCGCCAGAGCCAGGUCCAUGCCUGUGGAGCCCAUCACCCAGGAAACGGGAGACAGCCAGGUCCUAUCAGCACUGAGAGCUAGGCUCACAGCCCUCCGUACGUAGCUCCAGGGCACAUGAUGCUGUUUGCUCUUGAAAGGGUUUUUUCUCCUGGCUGACUGACCUUCCUUUGUGGAGGAAAGUCAGAGACAGACCUCUGCUCGGCAGCCUCGUCCUGACGAAGCCUUGGCGUAGCUGAGGUGAUGCUUAGGCUAUGGGGCAGAUCAGCCCCCAAGGCAGGCGCAAAUCUUGGAUUAAUAAUUCAGCUCUGUGUAAGUUUAAAAGGAAAACAAUGAUGAAAAAAGCUCUAUAGUGAAGCCAAAUCUGUUGCGCAGCCUGCUGCGUGUGCCGAAGGGUCCAGGACAAGUCCGCGUCUUGUUGUUGAGAGGUCAGGGGCAGGCAGAAUGCGGAGCCAGGGCUGCUGGCUGGUGUCUGCACCAGGGGUUAAAAGAAAAGGCAGAGCUUCUUCACCAAGGAAUUUUUAUGUAAGACAAUCAAGGACCACUGAGGAAAUGCUAUCCACACAUUUUCUAUAUGUUCUUUUCAGAAUAAGAUUAUGUAUCAUAAUCCCUCUGGGGAAAGUUGUUCUUCAGGUAUAAAAAUGAGAGAUCACAAUAAAAACUUUUAAAAAUAACCUAUGAUCACAGUCUUCCCUUACCUAUUUCUAAGCCGAGUUUGAAACUGGAGAAGGAAGCUCAAUGCCAAGGUCCUACUUGGUGCCAGCACAGCCUGUGCUGCAGCCCUGUUGGAUGGUAGGCCAGCAGUUUGCUUCAUGGCCAGUCCCCACUUUGCACUUAAAGUGCCGUUUAAUCACCGUAAUUUGAAGGCAGAGGACUGACCUGCUGCCAAACCAAAGUAUGUUCGGGGUUCUUUAUAUUAUGACUGGCUCUGUUUUGACACUGAAGCAGCAGUUAACUGAGCAGAAAACUCUUCAGGUCUCGUAUCUCAGACAUAAACAGUGAGGUAACAAGCCUCACUUGUUCGUGCAGCUGGAAUGUGGCAGAACUGGGUAACCAAGAAAUGAGAAAGGCCACUGCUAUGUCAUUGUGGUCCAGUGUGCCUGUGACUGAAAAGAUCUGAGUGAGAAAUAGCGAAGAUGUAAGCUCAGACAGACGGAGAGAUGGACAGCGAUGGGCGAGAGUUAGGAGGUAACACCUACAGAAACCAGGGGCUGCUGGGAAGUAGCAGGUAAGAACAGACUGCAGGGUGGACACCCACUGCUGGGCAGUUACACAGAUCGGAGAGGAACAUGGGGGGGCUAGGGUCGAGUGUUGCGGAGUCUAGGUUUAGACAUGUUUAUAUUUGAGACAUCCAAAUGACAGCCAUUAGACAUGUGUACAGCUAGAUUUCAGGUGUGAAAUCUGGCUUGAAGAUACGGAUUCAGGAGUAAUUUGGAUGAUAGCUGAAUCCACAGAUUUGAAAGUCAUCCAAAGAAAGCUAAGACUAAGAUGAUGGGACCAAAAAUGGAAAACCAAUACUGAAAGGGAGAAAUGCCCACAAAGGAGACAGGAGAAGCAGGUGAUGUAAGAGAAAAGCCAGGAGAGUGGUGUCGGACAAGGGGAAGAAAGAAUAGCAGGAAGGGAACAUAAGGCACCUUGCAUUUCAGGCACAGCAACCUAGAAACACAUGCUUUUCACAUUAACUUGAUCUUAGUUUUUCUUAAAAAAUAAAUGCCGGGUUGUUCCCUGUCCUGUCUUUGGGGCCUGUGGAUUUGCAGUUUCUCAUUCACUCUGGUGAGAAAGGAGCUAUUCUGAUUUCUAGUAUGUAGUUGCUCAUGUCAUUGCAAUUUUUAACAAAAUUAGGAAAAUGAGGCGAAGUACAUAAUCACAGAUCAAAAUGUGGUUUUAGAUGGCUUAGAGGCAGGAAAGUGGAAGUCUGGACUAGCAAAGAGAAAGUAGUCCAUAAGAGAGAAUAAGAGAGAAAAGUGCUCUCCUAUUGAAUAUAUUAGUAUAAACUGCAUUCCAAAGACAGUGAAACUUUGGAGUGUAUGAUUACCACAAUCACUGUGGCCUUAGGAGAAUCAUUAUUGUCUGGUAAUGUCAGAAUAGCUCACGUUGGGCCAGUCCUCUCAUAGAUAACAAAUAUAAACAGGCGAGUGACUAUAAAACACUAUCUUGGUUUAAUUAAAAAAAUUAUUACAUUAUACCGUGAGAUUUGACAUGUAUAAAUGUAAUUAUAGGACAAGGGGGUAUGUGAAACUUUAUGGUUGAAAUGUUUUUAUAUUUUACAUCAUGUGGUACAAAACUAAUCCUAAAUAGUUUGUGAAGAGUUAAGGAUGCAUGUUAUUAUAGUCCCUACAGACACCAUUGAAAAGAUGCAAAGAAUAUAGCUAAAAUGACAAUAAGGAAAUUAAAAUGAAAUUCUAAAAAAUACUAAUUAGCUCCCUCCUCUCCUAAAAAAGGGCAGGAAAGGAAGAACAGAGGGGGAAAACAAGAUGGAACAAAGAAAAAAUAAACAGCAC